AUGGUCUUCUGGAUUGUUAUACCCAUCAGUCUCAGUGCUGUCUCAUUCAUCGGGUGCUGGACUGUGUAUGCAAUUGCAUUAAACUUCAACCAUGUCUGCCCACUAAGUAACUGGCAAUACAGUAACUCUUGUCCGACAAAUGAAACUGAUACUUGCUGCACAGGAAGUAAUGUACCCACCAUAAGUGGAAGUGGAACCAAUUUUCCAGAAAAUUCCUUGUUUAGUGCUACAAUCAAUGCUAGUUCGUUUUUAUUUGUGGUUUUCAGUAUUUUUCAUCAUGCACAUAUCCUGGAUAAGAACAGUGCACACUCCUUCUUCAGUAAAUGUGGAAUGGUCUUAGGCUGUGGCGCAGCUGUUGGUGCCUUCGUGGCUGGAAACUGCAAUCCAAAAGAGCUGUUGUUACUGCAUAACAUUGGUGCUGCUCUGAGCUUUGUUUGUAUUUGCUUCUACACUGUGCUAUUGACCCAUCUGACCAACAAGUGUGUACUCACCGGACUGGAGUACUUCCUUUACCCAUUGCGCAUUAUCUUCUCCAUCAUCCAGGUCCUAAUGACCAUUUUCUACUGCAUCUUCUUUGCACAAAAGGGCUUCUACUACAAGCACAUCUCUGCCAUCUUUGAGUGGACGCUCAGCAUUAACCUGGAGCUCUUUGAACUUAGCUAUGCUGUGGAGUUUUACUCUUUCUCGUCAGCAAUGCUCUCAAUACUUUUAUCAGAGAGAAAUGAAGAAAGGCAUCUAAUUUUGUCUUGA